AUGUGGCCUCUAACAGACGAUUCUUGUGGGUUAGUCACUUUCUGCUUUUUUUUUUCUAGAAUGAGAUGUUUUUCAGGCCUAAUCAAGUUUAUUCAAAAAGUUUCAUCCAAUUGGAACCUCACAAUCACAUCCAAGCCUCUUCGACAGACACUCAGAGUUGCUAUCAAGUAGUAAGUUUCUCAUUCUCGAAUAUUUAUUUUUGAAUUUUGUUGACAAAAGGUUUUUUUUCUUUGAGAUUUUUGAUUCAAAGUAUCUUGAUGGUUUUUAGUAAAACGCAAAUCGAAGAAAAAGACGGGUAAAAAAGUUGAUUUUAUUGUUCUUUCAAAAAUCGGUCAUUUUUCCGAAAAAUCAAAAAAAAAAAAUUUCUCUUUUUUUUUCGUUUUUUUGAAGUUUGACUUGUCUAUAGUGAAAUUCUCUGAUAACUUCACUGGUGAAGAUUGAAGAAUUUUAUCCUUUUUUCUUCAUUUUUCCUAUUUUUCAUACACUAAAAAAAGGUCUCUCAUUGUGAAAAGAAACUGUGAAGAAUUAACCUCCAAGUUUCCAGCAAAAUUUUUGGAAAAAAUGAAAAAAAAAAUGAUUGAAAAUCGGUUUCUCUUCACAAUUUUCAAGGUAAAAAAUCAUAUUUUUUCCCCCAUUUUUUUAAGGCUAUAUCUCGUUUGAUUUAUCGAAAUUUUGUUACUCUGAGGCAUUAUUCAUUCUCAUCUUUGAACAGACAAGAAGAAAGCUUAUUGAGUGUUCUUUAUGAAGAUAUGCUUAGGAAAAAAAAAUUUCAAUAUUUUUUUAAUCGUCGGCAAAAAGUUUUUUUCUGAAACUCUUUUCGAUUUCUCUGAACUUGUCAUCGUCACAGCCUUUUUCUCACAUCCUUCUUUUCCCAUAGGUCUAAAGAAACCGUCUAGAUUCCUACGUACUUUGUUCAGAGAAGAGCUGACAAUCACGGAAUCAAAGACGUGUUUAUGCGCCUUAGGAAAGAUUAAAAGUUUAGGAAUGCAAUUUCUUUGAAGACUCAAAUUCUUCCGUUUAUUUCCGCCUUUUUCUAGUUCCUAAACAAAAUGUUCCACCGUUUCCAGGCCUAUACAUGUCCAUCCUCUCUACCUGAAUCUGGUCAGAACUACUCCCUCUCGCCCCAAAAGUACGUCGAGCCGUUCAGCAGCUACAGCUCGGACGGCUGCCAGAACAACGACCACUACAGAUGUUACCCUCACGAGAACCACCACCAUCACAUCCAUCAUCAUCAGAGCUGCCAGUUCGGCUUCACUCACCAACAGUUGCAGUCACCUCACAUUGGUCAGUUUAUGAUACUAAUCUCAAAUUAUCAAGCUUCAUUUAUUCUAGGACAAAAAAUUCAAGUUAAUCAAUCCUAAUACUUUCAAAAGGGCAAAACUUCUUUCUGUCGACUGACCAAAAAAAGCUGAAAGCUUCAAACGCUCAUUAAACUUUCGCAUUUAUAAAAUUGUUUUGAAGACAAUGAUCCAAAUGAUCUUGUCAGAUGUUUCACGAGUGUCUGCCCACUUUUGUUGACAAACUACCGUAUCUCGAAUGUUUGAAUUAAUUAAAGCCCUUGUCUGCUGCCUUGAUAUAUUCUCAAAAGGAAGCAAACAAAGCUUAAUUGCCUCAGAAAAGGUUUUGAAUGAUGUUAAAAAGAAAUUCGCGGAAAGAGGUAACCUGAGAAUUAAAAAAAGAGAAAAAAAUUGCUUGUAAAUUGUCCAAAUUUGGUUCUUGAGAUCAAAAAUUCUUUCACUUUUUCUUUAUUGCAGCUAAAGGUUGGAAAGAGUUCAACAAAACGAAAUUUUUUAUUUAUUCAAAAAUUAAUUUCAACUAGGACUCUAGUUUGCUUGGAGACUAACGAGCUUUUAUAGAAAAGAAUGGUUCAAAAAGUGAAAAUCCAUAGGACCCAAAGGUAUAAUUUUUUUUGCGUUAGGUUGCCCAUAAAAAAAAACCAUGACGAUACGAAUGCACUUUUGAAAGUUGGAAUGUACUUUGAGCUUCGAGUCAAGUCGCAGUGUCAACGAAACACUUUGAAGAUAUAUCUUAUCAAAGUAAGUCAGAGUACUCUACUUAUCGCUUCUCAAACGUUUGAAGUUUUGCAAAAAUUGAGACGGAAUUCUGUCAAACCUCAAAACGAUCAAUCAUAGCUAGAGUAUAGUAGAUAUUAAUUUUUGACAAGUCUGUGAUGUAAUUUGUGUGAAAAAAAUAAGUAGAGAUGAAUUAUCAAAUUAUAAAUAGAAUUAUUUCAGAGGGUAGAUUGGAUUUACAAUAUAUCGCAUAAUUCUUCAAAGAAAUUUCAAAGUAGGCAUUUUGGAAAAAAAAAUAUUAAAAAGAAAAAGUAACUACUUUGCUUCAUAAACAUUUAAAAACUACGGAGAACAUCGAAUUCUAACACUAAUUAAAAUAAUAUUUCUCUUCCUUGUUUCAAAACCUUCCCUCCGUUGAAAUGACUCAUAAGGAUCCCCUAAUAUGAGCAAUGCGGCGCGUCUUCUUUUUUCGCCCCAAGGAACGCCAAAGAGAGAACUCUCUGCACGUGCGCGCAACAUUACACAACCACUCGCCGUGAUUUCUCUACUGUCGCCUUUUAAAACCAAAUACACACGAUCCUGAAGCCUGAUCGCUGUUCAAUCUCUACUCCCACUGAUCUUAGUUAAAUAUCUCACUUCUUCCUGAAUUUUUCGGAAUGUUUGGUGUACUUUUCCACGUCCAAAUGAACUGCAAAUGUGUUGUUCCGCUGGAAGGUGAGGCUUUUCCCGGAUUUUCUGUUUUCUUGUGCUCUGUUUGUUGAUCAGAAUCAAAAAAGAAGAGAAAAAAAUUAUUUCGAAAAAGACUAUUUUUUUCCAUUUUGAAAAAGCAGUUUAUGCAAAAAUUUUUUUAACUUUCUUGCUCCAUUACUCAAUUUGCAUCAUUGAUCUCAAGCUCCAACCAACGAAAAAAUUGAGUUUUUCAAGAUAAAAAAGACAUUUCAGCCUUUUGAAAAAAGUUACAAAACAAAACUUGCAAAAUUCUCUUUUUUUUUGCUCUCCAUUGUUGAAUUUUCAUCAUAUCUGUGAUACGAAAUGACUCAAAAAUUAAAUCAUUACUGAUUUUUGAAGAGCCGGUCAUAAAUGUUAAGAAACCGGACUCCUUCCUAACUUUCUUGCUGGAUUUUCAAGUGUAGGGUUUUUAGAAACUUUUCGAAAAAAUUUUUUUUUCAAAAUUGGAGUGACGAAACAUUGCAUCAUUCGGUAUUUUCUAUUGCUCCUCUUCCUCAGUUUUUUCCUUAUUAUUGUUCAUAAUUCACGUCGUUGAAAACCGAGAUUCCUACUAUUGACAGCUGAUAAAAGAUGAUGGCAACAUUAAACCGAUAUGAAAAGAUAAGAGAGACGUCUUUUAACCCUCGAAUUGCGUCAUUUAUCGAUCAUUUGAUACUCCGGUUUGAUUCUGAACCUUCCAGAAUUAUUUUGGGAGGAUCAUUAGAAAAUGAUAAAAAAAUCCAGAAGAAAAAUGCAAACAAUCUGGGGCCUACAAUAAAUCAAAUCCUGUAACCAGAAACUUUUUUGAAAGUGAUAAAUUUAGUCGAGAAUCCAAAAAAAUUAACAAAAAAUUGACGGAAAAUGGUUCUUCUAAAAAAAAUAGAAAAGUUCAAAAAAAAUUGAAAGAAUACUGCCUGUUUUCUAUAAAAAUCAAAAGAAAAUUGCUUCUCACAAAAAAAGCAAUAAAAAUCCAAAAAUUUAGUACUUUUGUCUUCUACAGAGUUAGUGAUAAGUAGAAGGUUCAAAAAUUCCCAAAUAAAUAGGAAGAUGUGAAAUAAGGGGAAAAAGAAGGAAAAAUUGUAUCUUCUUUAUUCAAGAUUUAUUAAUUUUUGGCUCCUACCAGCCGGAGAAUUUUUUUCAAAAAAGACCCAACUUACUUCAAAGUUCAAAAAAAAAUAAUGUUCGAAAACUAAACAAAUUUAAAUUUUUUUCUUAGGUUGGAACUGUGAAACGGAAAACCGACAGCAGCAUUGCGAUCACACGCCUUCGAACUCUCGGUACGAAAUUCACAGUAACCAGACUUCGCGAGAAUGUUCCAUAGACAGGUUGGCUUCCAAAAAAGUUCCAAAAAAAUAAUGAACACAAGGAGGAAAAAAAUUGAUUCAUUUUCCGCUUUCUAAAACAAAUAACCGUUAGAUUUCUUCAAAAAAUUAAGGAAUGAGUUUAUGAAAAGGAGAGGAUCAGACGUUUUUGUAACUUUUUUUUUCAAAUUAAUGGUGAAUGAAGUAAAAAUCCGCUAAAUUUAUUCAAUUCUCAGUUCAAAAUGACUUUUACAGUCUUCCGAGCAUCCCGAGUGCUCCCUCGGAAAUCUACGAUGAAAUUUCGAAAGAAUGCGAACAUUUUCUAAAAACGGACGAUUGCGACAAGUGCAAGAUACGGUAAGGGCCAAUCCAAAGCUACAGUAAUCGAAGAAAAGUCGAUUUUAAGUCAUGCUGACGGAAACGAGGAAUCUAUCCCCAUUGAGGAUUUGGUCGACAUUGUUUACCAAGCCGCCAAGAACAUUAAGGAGAACGAUUCGGCUCCUGGUUAG